UAAUAUCCGCGUAACUGGCAAAUAAUAGACACACCUAGCGCAUAUAGUCUUUUCUCCAGUUGUUGCCAUGAAUCCUAACAUUAUCUACCUGGUUCUCGUGUACUUAACGUUCGUAUUACCGCACGCUGCAAGCUCCUCCACAAGACCACUUCCUAUGCACACUUCCUGUGUGAAGGUUUCUCUGCCGGACGUGCUCGGUGUUGAAACUUGUUUCGCUGGUGGUGUUGACUUGUGCUCUAAGGAGCCGAGUGGAAGUGUGUCCCAGCCCUCCAGCCUAGUAAAAUGUGUCCUGAAAGGGCUCUUUGACCUCCUCGACUACGGAGAAUUACAACCUGGACACCUAGUAAAUAUCGUCAUGAAAUUGCUCCUUGCUGUGCUAUCAAAGACAGGAUCUGUUGAGUUUACGUAUGUGCUCAAGUCCUUCAUCUGCGACAGCAGCAAAGACGCUCGUAUUCCUCGCAGCGAUGUUGUUGGCACCGUCGCGCCUACACCAGGAUUCUUCGGGCGUUUGAAGGUUAUGGCCGUUCUUGGUAUCGUUCCUGUCGUCCGCUCCCUCGUAAGCCCUAACGUGUGUAAGGAUCUGCCAACGCCUUCGGAUAUGACGUGCAGGAAAAACAUGACUCUAAGAUUGCGGAGUGAUCUCCAAGCUGAUAAGUGCCUAGAAGACUCUGGCCACUUCUGUAGCAGUCAGCCUCAACUUCUGAAAGGUUUUAUGGACACAAUCUUGUGCAUUGUAAACAGUCUGCCAAAGGAGGAUCUCGUCCCCUCCGUUCUGUGCGAGAUCUUCGCCGGCGUUGACCGACUCCUCACCUAUGGAGAUUACUUCUGCGUGCGAAUGAUCCAAUCGCUGUAUCCAAUCAAAAGCCACUUCCCAAAAUGCCCUCAAGAGAAUUCGUGAAGCUGAGUGACCUAUUCCAGCGUUUGGUGUCGAAGCAAUAUGUCAUCUACGUGGACAUGUCAUCAAUAAAUAUUAGUUCUCCACGUUUCGGAUUACUUCAUAAGCGCAAUUGUCAUGUAAUAAAGUCACGUGCAUUUCA